AUGGCCACGUUUGUGUGCAGGGUUCAAUUUUUAGAUGACACCGAUCCUUUUAACAGCACAAACUUUCCAGAACCGACCAGACCUCCGCUGUACACCUUCAGAGAGGACAUCCCGCUCAUCAACCAACUCGCAGGAAUCCACCGCCUCCUCAAAGCCCCCCACAAGCUCGAUGACUGUGCGCUCCAGCUGUCUCACAAUGGCACCUAUCUGGAUUUGGAGUCAUCUCUGGCCGAGCAAAGAGACGAAUUGGAAGGAUUUCAGCAGGACGACACAGGAUCCAGAGGGAAGAAGCACAGUGUGGUCUUGCGGACCCAGCUGACCGUCCGAGUCCACGCUUGUAUUGAAAAGCUGUAUAACUCCAAUGGGCGUGACCUGAGGCGAGCGCUGUUCUCCCUGAAGCAGAUUUUUCAGGAUGACAAAGACCUGGUGCAUGAGUUUGUGAUGGCCGAAGGUCUAACGUGUUUAAUCAAAGUGGGAGCAGAGGCCGACCAGAACUACCAGAACUACAUCCUCAGAGCGCUGGGGCAGAUCAUGCUGUAUGUGGACGGGAUGAACGGUGUCAUUGGUCACACAGAGACAAUUGAGUGGCUUUACACUCUGGUUGGCUCCAAGUUCCGUUUAGUAGUAAAGACGGCCCUGAAGUUGUUACUGGUGUUUGUGGAGUACUCGGAGUCCAACGCCCCACUGCUCAUAGAGGCUAUUACCUCUGUGGACACUCAGAGAGAAAGUAAACCAUGGUCGAAUUGUAUGGAAAUCUUGCAUGAAAAAGAUGGCGUGGAUACAGAGCUUUUGGUGUACGCCAUGAGUCUUAUCAACAAGACUCUGGCCACACUGCCGGAUCAGGACUCGUUCUAUGACAUGGUGGACAGUUUGGAGGAACAAGGAAUGGAGACUGUGUCCCAGAGGCACCUGGGCCGAAAGGGCACGGAUUUGGACCUAGUGGAGCAGCUCAACAUCUAUGAGCUGACUCUACGGCAUGAAGACGGAGAUGACACCCAGCCUCCACCUUCAGGCCGGCGAGACCGGCGGAGGCCCAGUUUGGAGUUGGGCGAGAAGAGGCCUGGUUUACAGAGACGGAGGAGCCGCAGAGCGUCUAAGAACCGUUCUGGACACGCCUCCCCCUGCAGCCCGGCCUCUCCCCAGAGAGCUGGCCUUCCUCCACUCAGUGGACACAGGACAGAGGACAUGAGUGACAGGAAUGGUGGUUUUACGUCUUACCCAUCCGCAAGUACCCCACCCACACCCACAAGGCCUGCUCUGGGGGGUCUGCUCUCGUCCUCAUAUCGUCAGCACCAGGAGUCUCUGGCGGCGGAGAGAGAGCGGCGCCGUGUGGAGCGAGAGGAGCGCCUGCUGAGGAUUGAGCGCGAGGAGAGGAACAAGCACAGCCGCGACUAUGUGGACAAAAUGGAAGAGGCCCGACUUGCCCGAGAGGAGAGGUACAAAAACGUGGAACGUCUUGCUGCAGAGGAGUUUGAAAGGGAUCGCAUUAAGCCAUCAAGAACACGUCCUAACUUUGACCAGACUUUUGAACCAUCGGAGGCCUGGCCCGCAUCAUCUCGCAGCAGCACUCCAUCCUCCUUCACCUCCCUGGACGACGGAGACGCAGACGCUGAGACAGAAGCUCCCGCCCCCGACACACCCACCGAGGACACCGAUGAGGCCGAUGACUCCAGUGCCAGAGUAGAAGAGGAGAAGGAAGCUGAGGCCUCGGCUGAAGAAGAGGAGGAGCAGAAAGUACCAGAGGAGGGAGAGGAGGAGGAGCAGGUAGUGGUAGAGGAGCAGAUAGAAGUAGAGGAAGAAGUGCAACCAGAACCACAACAGGAGCAGAUAGAACUGGAAGAGCCCGUUGAAGAAGAAAGGCAAGCGGAAGAAGAGGAAGAAGAAGAAGCAGCGAAGGAGGAGUGUGAGCCCGAGCCACAGGCAGAGACUCAGGACCCAGAGGAAGACUCCGGGAUCCUCAGCGACAAAGAGCGACAAAAUGAGGACUUGAAUGAGAAGGACAAUUGCUCUGCAUCCAGCAUCUCCUCUGCCAGCAGCACGUUGGAGAGAGAAGAGAGGGCUAGCAAUGACGACGGCUUUAAGGAGCAAGAAGUGAAGGAGCCUUGCAACAAACUUAUCGACAGCAAGCUCUUCAUGCUGGAUAUGCUUUACUCUCAUAAUAAAAAGGCCAGUGAGGAAGAAGGGGAGGAGUUGGGGAAAGAAAAGGGAGAAGAGGAGGAUAGCCAUGAGGAGGUUGUGGAGGAGGAGAGUCAGGAUCGUGAUAACAAACUAGAACAGCAUGGGCGCAGAAGCAUUCGGGAAUUUGCAGAACGUUUUGGGGACUUGGUGAAGGACCUGGGUUCCGCUCACAUACUACAAGAGGCGCCAAACGAGCCUCCUCCCCCUCCUCCGCCUCCUCCCAAGAAGGAGUCAGACACGAUCUGGGACCAGCUGCUGGCCAGCCCCCGAGAGCUGCGCAUCGGCGACAUCAACUUCACCGACCUGACGGAGGACGAUGACAAGAAUGCCCUCGAUGCUGCUUUGAUGGGGGGUUGUGGAGACAUGCCCCCUCCGCCUCCUCCCCUACCCUUCAUUCCACGGUUACCUCCACCACCUCCGAUACUGGGCUGUGGUCCUCCUCCUCCUCCACUGAUGGGGGCCAUGAGACCUCCUCCUCCUCCCAUGUUCAAUAUGCCAGCUCUUGUGCCCCCACCUCCUGAGCCACCACUCUUCAACAAGAAGAAGAAAACCAUAAGGCUUUUUUGGAGUGAGGUUCAUCCGAAUGACUCUCACUAUAGCCACAAAUGGAGGGGGGACUCCUUUUGGUCCAAGCUGGAGAAUGUAAAGCUUGACACGGGUAAACUGGAGCAUCUAUUUGAGUCCAAGUCAAAGGAAAUGGCAGUGACAAAAAAAACAGCAGCUGAUGGAAAGCGGACAGAAAUAAUUGUAUUGGACUCUAAAAGAAGUAAUGCCAUAAACAUCGGCCUCACCGUGUUGCCCCCACCUCGCACAAUCAAAACAGCCAUACUGAACUUUGACGAAUAUGCACUCAACAAAGAAGGCAUAGAGAAAAUCCUGACCAUGAUUCCCACUGAGGAGGAGAAGCAGAGGAUCCAGGAGGCGCAGCUGGUAAAUCCGGAUCUGCCCCUGGGUUCCGCAGAGCAGUUCCUCCUCACGUUGUCCUCCAUCAGCGAGCUCUCUGCCAGGCUCCAGCUCUGGGCUUUUAAAAUGGACUACGAGGCAACGGAGAAGGAAGUAGCUGAACCGCUGCAGGAUCUAAAAGAAGGAAUGGAGCAGCUGGAGAAAAACAAAACCCUUCGAUGCAUCCUCUCGACCCUGCUUUCAAUCGGAAACUUCCUCAAUGGGAGCAACGCAAAAGGUUUUGAGCUGACAUACUUGGAGAAGGUACCUGAAGUUAAGGACACCGUACACAAGCAGUCUUUACUGCAUCACGCCUGCUCUAUCGUGGUGGAAAACUUCCCUCAAAGCACAGAUCUCUACUCCGAAAUUGGCGCCAUCACAAGAAUAGCAAAAGUGGAUUUUGAUCAACUGCAAGAAAACCUGUGCCAAAUGGAGCGACGCUGCAAAGCCUCUUGGGACCACCUGAAAGUGAUAGCCAAACACGAGAUGAAGCCUCAGCUCAAACAAAAGAUGUCCGACUUCUUAAAAGACAGCGCAGAGCGAAUAAUCAUCCUCAAGAUCGUUCACCGCAGACUUAUAAAUAGGUUCCAUUCAUUCCUGCUGUUCCUUGGUCAACCAGCCUACAGCAUUAGAGAAAUCAGUGUUCAUAGAUUUAGUAGAAUAUUGAGCGAGUUUGCACUAGAAUAUAGAACCACCCGAGAGCGCGUGUUGCAACAGAAGCAGAAACGAGCUGACCACCGCGAGCGCAACAAAACCAGAGGGAAGAUGAUCAUCGAUGUCAAUGCUCCCUCUGAGGAUGAAGAGGACAUUGAGUGUGGUCGACGCGGCUCCAGCGCUAGUACCAGUGCUCCUAGUGUCAGCCAGGACCGCGAGCAGCCUCAAGGCCUGGGUCAUGCUGAAGAUGCAGCAGAACACGAGCACAUGAAGGCCGUCCUUAGAAACAGUCUUAGUGGAGGAGAGAAAGAGGGGACUGGAGUACCAGGACUACGGACCCGCAUACGCUCUCGGCCAGGACGCGGAGGGCGCAUCAUGCCAGCUCGGACCCCGGUCGUUGAAGAUGCUCAGAUCACCGGUGAAGACGCUGCUGACGAGAUCAUGGAACGCAUCGUGAGAUCAGCCACACAGGGCCCCUCUGCACGAGCCCAACCCAGGGAGAGGAGGAGGUCCAGGGCCAACCGGAAAUCUCUGCGACGGACAUUAAAAAGCGGUUUGACCCCAGAAGAGGCCCUGGCUUUAGGAUUAGUGGAUUCUCCAGAACCACCAGUUUGA